AUGUCUCCUGAAAAAUCCAUUAUUUUCAGCCCUGAACAAUUGGCGGUCGAAGCAUUUGGCUCAACAUCGGAAGAAUUGAAAGGAGCAGCAGCUCAAGCUCUCGGAGCCCUUGCCGUUGGAAAUUUACAAAUUUAUCUGCCAUUCAUCCUCGAAAAAAUUCGAGAAUCACCAAGAAAACAAUAUCUUCUUCUUCAUGCUCUUAAAGAAAUUAUCGUCUGGGAAUCGGCUGAAACAUCAACAAAAGUAAAUGAAUUAUUCCGAACUGCAAUUCCAGAUAUUUGGGAUAUGUUAAUUGGAAAUGCGGGAGGACAAGAAGAUGGAACACGAAAUGUUGUGGCUGAAUGUUUAGGAAGAUUAUGCUCAUUUGAUCCGAUUAAUUUGUUGCCAAAAUUGGAAGUUCAUGUUGAUUCGCCAGAUUCAAAUGUUCGAUCAACAAUUGUUUCAUCAAUCAAAUUUAUGAUAAGUAAUGAUAAACGAGCUGCGGAUUCAGUUCUUCAAAGACAUAUCGGAAGAUUUUUGGGAAAAGUUAAGGAUGAAGAUUUGAAUGUAAGAAGAGUUGCAUUAGUUGUUUUGAACUCGGCAGCUCACAAUAAACCGGCAUUGGUAAGGUUUUGAAAUCUAGGGUUUCAGACUUAAGUUCAAUCUAAACAUUUUGCAGAUCAGGGAUUUGUUAUCGCAAUUGCUUCCGGCAAUUUAUGAGGAGACACAAAUGCGAUUCGAUUUGAUUCGAGAAGUUCAAAUGGGACCAUUCAAACAUCAAGUUGAUGAUGGAUUGGAUUUGAGAAAAAGCGCGUAUGAAUGGUGAGAUUUUUGCGGGGUUUUUACAAGAAAUAUUCGAAGAAUAAAUUUCUGGAAUACUUUUUUACCCAGAAAAAAAAUUAUACGAAACAUUUUAAAGGUUUAGCUUCGUUUGUUUUUUUUUUUGAAUUUCGAAAUUGAACUCGAUUUUUUUUGUAAAAUAGUUUAGCUAGAAACUAGCUGAAACUUUAAAAUUUAUUCUAGUAUGUACACUCUGCUCGAAAACUGUUCCGAUCGAAUUGAUACCAAUGAAUUCCUCACAAUUAUGGAAAUUGGUCUAAAAGAUCAAAACAACGAUGUGAAACUGCUCAAUUAUUUAACAAUUCAAAAAAUCGCAUCAAUUGCUCCUGGCCAACUUCUUCAACGCCUCGAUAAAAUUUGCGAACCGUUGAAACAACAACUUUUUGUAAAACCAAAAGGAAAUGCGGUGAAACAAGAUUUGGAGAAAAUUGAGGAGCUCAAAAAAGCGGUGAUUCGUGUGGUUUUCACUUUGAAAGUGAAGUUGCCGGAUGUUGAAAGACAACAACAAUUUUUGGAUUUGUAUAAUACGGUGAAACACAACAAGGAAUUACAGGUAAACUUAUUUGUAUUGACCUAAAAUUAAUUUUCAUAUUUAUGCAGACAAUUUCUGAAGCUGUUGUCCGCGAAUCUCAACGUGCUGUUAUUUAUGAUGUUCCGAUGGAAACUCUUUAA